CGGUGAAACCCCGUCUCUACUAAAAAUACAAAAAAAAAAAAUUAGCCAGGCGUGGUGGCGGGCGCCUGUAGUCCUAGCUACUCGGAGAGGCUGAGGCAGGAGAAUGGUGUGAACCCGGGAGGCGGAGCUUGCAGUGAGCCGAGAUUGCACCACUGCACUCCAGCCUGGGCGACAGAACAAGACUCCGUCUAAAAAAAAAAAAAAAAGAAACAGCCACUUCCCAUCCUUCGCAUUACCACAUGAGCUCUGCCUCCCGUCAGACGAGCAGUGCGGUUAGAUUCUCAUAGGAGCAUGAACCCUACUGUGAACUGCACAUGCCAGGGAUCUAGAUUGCGUGCUCCUUAUGAGAACCUAAUGCCUGAUGAUCUGUGACUGUCUCUCAUCACCCCCAGAUGGAACCAUGUAGUUGCAGGAAAACAAGCUCAGGGCUCCCACUGAGUCUAUAUUAUGGGCUGUCAUUGGGACAGUCCUAGAGGGUCGUGCCAAUGGAUGAGUGGAUGGAUGGACAGUAGUCCAGGGAUGAUGUCCCUGUCUGUCCUGAACCCGGCCCUUCCUCCAAUGAGAAGUCUUCCUGAGCUGACUUGGGGACAGUGGCUAUGGUACGGGCGGUGUUGGCCUCUGGGCAGCUACUGACGAGGAGGGUCAUCCCUAAGCACUCAAAGGAACCCCUUCUACACUGCCUGUGUAGAUGAUUUUCUCUUUCGUCCUCACGGUGGCUUCAUAGAGUGGGUGCUGUUCCCGAAUGUACCCAUUCGACAGGAAACUGGGCAUCUCUGUGGCCCUGAGUAUCCCAGGAGGCUGAUCGUACAGAGACCUCUGGUGCCUGACCCCAGUUCGCAUCCACAACCCCGGAAUAGCCCAUCACAGGCCCUUCACCCUUGGCAGGUGGAUACCAUUCAACCUGCAGGGGCAGGAUGGACGUGGAGGAUGCGGAUAGUUGGUGGGUGCAGGAGCGAGAGGACAUCAUCAGAAAAUAUGCAAAGGGGCACCGAGCUGGGCUGCCAGAGGACAAGGGGCCUGUGAUUGUUGGGAUCUACGGCAACAUCGACGACUUUGGGAUCGUUCAGUCCUGGCCCUCCUGGGAGUCAGCCCCACAGGAAGGCCCUUGUCCUCCCUUCCCUGUGCCUUCUCCCGGGCUGAGCCCUGAGCUGGGUAGGGACAGUGCCAGUCCUUUCUCGGGGUUGGCUCCCAGGCUGGGGCGGCUCCAGGCCCUGUGCAGGUCCUCAGCUCUGCCUGGGUUGCCUUACAGUGAGACGAAGCUGCCUCCUCUGACUGCGCGGGAGGCAAAGCGAAUUCGGCGGGAGACAAUGAGAAACAGCAAGUGGCUGGAGAUGCUGGGCAAAUGGGAGACGUACAAGAACAGCGAAAAGCUCGUAGAUCGCACAUACAAGGGGAUUCCCAGGAACAUCCGGGGCCAGGCAUGGUCAGUCCUCCUGAACAUUCAGGAAAUCAAAUCAAAAAACCCCGGCAAAUACAAGCUCAUGAAGGAGAAGGGCAAGAGGUCAUCUGAAUACAUCCAUCAGAUCGACCAGGAUGUUAGCAGGACUCUCCAGAACCAUGUCUUCUUCUGGCAUCGGUAUGGAGCCAAGCAGCGGGAACUCUUCUACAUACUCCUGGCAUAUGCGGAGUAUAACCCGGAGGUGGGCUACCACAUGAACCUGAGCUGCAUCGCCGCCUUGUUCCUCCUGUAUCUGCCUGAGGAGGACGCAUUCUGGGCACUGGUGCAGCUGCUGGCCAGUGAGAGGCACUCCCUGCAGGGAUUCCACAGCCCAAAUGGCGGGACAGUCCAGGGGCUCCAAGACCAUCGGGAGCAUGUGGUACCCACGUCACAACCCAAGACCAUGUGGCAUCUGGACCAGGACAUAGACGCUGGUCUAUGCGGGCAGCAUCUCUUGUUAGGCUGGAUUCUCCGGACGUUAAUGAAGAUCUCUCUCGGGCUGACCCUGCGCCUGUGGGACGUUUACCUGCUACAAGGAAAACAGGCAUUGAUGCACAUGACCAGCAUUGCGUUGGAGGUGCGGCAGAAGCACCUCAAGGAGACCUCCAGUUCUGGCCUGUGUGCUUGCUUUCGGAGCCGGUUGUGCUGUCACUGGGCCAGGGAUGAUGACACGGUGCUCAAGCACCUCAGGGCCUCUGUGAACAAACGAGCGAGGAAGCAAGCGGACCUGCCACCCCCAGCCAAAGCCGAGCAAGGGUCCUCGGCACCCGGGCCUGUGCCGGCUUCACGUGGCGGGAAGACCUUCUGCAAGGGGGACAGGCAGGCCCCUCCAGGCCCACCAGCCCGGUUCCAGCGGCCCAUUUGGUCAGCUUCCCCGCCACAGGCACCUCAUUCUUCCACACCCGGUCCUGGUGGGGCUGUCCGGGAAGACACCUACCCUGUGGGCACUCGGGGUGUGCCCAGCCCGGCCCUGGCUCAGGGAGGACCUCAGGGUUCCUGGAGAUUCCUGCAGUGGAACUCCAUGCCCCGUCUCCCGACGGACCUGGAUGUAGGGGGCCCUUGGUUCCCCCAUUAUGAUUUCGAACAGAGCUGCUGGGUCCGUGCCAUAUCCCAGGAGGACCAGCUGGCCACCUGCUGGCAGGCUGAACAUUCUGCCGAGAGAGUGAGAUUGGUUUUCGCUGCACCCAGCACUGAUUCCAACCAGGACACCUCCUUCGCAGCUAGGGAAGAGGAGCAGUGCACUCCCACCUCAGGACCUUAUUAUUUAGUUAAUAGGAUUGUACUCAUGUGACAUUUCUCAAUUUUUUUAAGAGAUAAAGUCUCAUGCUGUCACCCAGGCUGGAGUGCAGUGGUGCAAUCAUGGCUCACUGCUUCCUGGAACUCAUGGGCUCCAGCAAUCCUCCUGCCUCAGCCUCCUGACUAAGUGGGACUAUAGGC